AACGGAAAUUUUAUCAUACGAGCGGUGACUGUCGGACGUGGUGGUGAUUGUCUGCAUUUUGGGACAGGAAGGCGUGCUUCCGGAAAAGUUCUAUGGAGUGAAAGUGAUUUUCCCCAGGUGCAAGGACGGUGCUGAACAGACCUUUAGUGAUUAGACUGUGCACCCAAACACAUCAAUCUCCGGAUUCAAUACAUCAAUACUAGCUGAGGCAGCAGCAGCAGCAGUUGUUUAUCCUCCAGUCCCCCCUAGAGUUCCGUUUGCCUUCACACCUCUCCCCGGUCCACUCACCGAAUGCUUUAUUAUGCCUUCCGGUUCUAAUAAGAAAUCACCCGCCGGUGGCGGCGGUGGUGGAAAGGGAAACAAACAACAGCAGAAGAAGGGGAACGACAAAGCCCCGGCAACGACAACAGCCACGGCAGCAGCCUCAGCCGGAGAUGAAGACAUCAAUUCGGGAUUUGGACAUUACAUGCGGUCACCGCAAGCAAUCGAAAUGAUGAAACUGUUUGUGGUUGCCAACACGUUGGUGAUGUUCUUUACCAUGGCGUGGCCACAGAUGAAGCACUCGUAUGAGAUAAUCCGGUCGAUGAUCUACGGAGAUGAAGAGGACGAGCUGUAG